AUGAAUAGAAGCGGAAUUUCGCGGUUAGAAACACGGAGUACCAGGGCAAAUAAAGAAGAGCUCGUUAAACGUGUUAUGCUGACAGUUGAACAUGUUCGAAAAUGGUAAGACUAUAUUUAAAAAGUCAAGUUUGAAAACACAUUAAAUUGUUAUUGUAAUUUUACAAAUUGAAACAUAACGUUUCGCUGUAGUAUAAUGUUUUAAAAUAUUGUUAUUUCAUAGUUUGUUAAACAGGCUUUAAUAUGCAAGUACAAAAGCAGGGAAAAACUUGAAAGUUCAAAUGCACAUUGAAUUCUCUAUUCCAGGGAGAAGAAAUGGGUGAAUUCAGAUGCAGAAGGUUGUUCAUUGAAAAUCUAUAAAUGGGUACCAGGUAAUUAAUUGACAAUUAUCCAGAUGACAACAAAUUUGGCUAUAUCUAAAGUUGUGAAUAGGCUAUAAUACUUACUGGUGGGUUAGGGGGGGGGGGGUUAAACCCCCUCCCUAGAAUCUCUGUGACCCCUCUAAUAAAGUGUUUAACUCCACCAAGAUUUUGCUUCAUCCCUCCUAUUUUGUGUGAAAGGCUUUAACCCAAACGUCCAACCCCUGCCAACGCUCACUGAGUGGUGCCGCUUGCAGCCCACCAGAAAUUUUUCUACCCCAGUACCCUUCCUUUUAAAUACAGUAAAUGAAUGGACUUUGCUAUGAUUUGCAAGUCUUGUCAUUAUUUAAUAUGUGAUGAUUUUGUAUUUUCUUUCUCUGUAGUGUCAGAUGAUGACUUAAAAAAGGUAUGUUUGCAUUGAAGUUGUGCUUAUGUUAUGUCAUGUCAUGUUAAUUUAAGAUAUUUUUUACUUUAAUUAAUUAGCCCAGUGCUUUUCAUCACAUGAUUUCUUUAAAAGUGCAAAAUCAAUCAAUUUUAGGUAAACACAAUUCAAAAUAAUAUACCAGGUAAGAUCUUUUUAUUCUCAAAUGCUUUGAAUAGGAAAUUCAAAUCACACAAUUCUAACAUACAUAUGUGAAUUCAUUUGCAGCUGGAAUUACAGAUGCUAUGUCGGACACGAGCAGUCCUUUGACUGUGGAUGAUAAUUUGCCAGGCAAGGAGAACGAAAGAGUACAACAAAAUCAAUUUGUCAAAACUCCUUCAGAAAAUAGCAAAGAAAAUGGUGUGAGUUUAAAUAGACAAACUGGAAAAGUAAUGCAGGAUGAAGGAGACGACAGCAAUCAUGCGCCGUCUGUUGCCAGGUAGAAAAUCAUUAUAAAUGUCUUGCUUUUCAGUGGUAAUGACACUGGUAAAUCAGGCACGGAUUUUCUGGGGGGUGCGGGGGGUGCGCACCCCCCCCCCCCAGAAAUGAUUUGCACCCCCUCAAAGGCAUUUGGCACCCCCACUAAAUUUGUAAAAUACUACUAAAUUUACUACUAAAUUUGUAAAAUUACCAAUAUUAUGGUCUCAGAUCUUGCCAUGCAGGCCUAGAAAACAAAUUUUGUUAAACUUUCUCCUUGACCUUUCCGGGCGUUGCCACCACGCCCCGGCCAAAGCAAGCAGCAGCACCCCCCCCAGAUAUUUAUCCCCCCCCCCCUCAAACGAAAAUAUGAAAAUCCGUCUCUGUGGCAAAUUUUGCACCAGUGAGUACUACUCGCUUUAGACACUUUACAAAAUAUUAGGAGUACAAAGACUGCAAACAUACUAAUUUAUGAUUCCAACUUCAAUUCCAAAAUGUUCAAUUUCCUGAAUUUUGUUUCUGGUGGUAUGUACUCCUGGUGAAAAUACAUAUUUGUGAUGUUGUCUUUGAGUGUGUUUUAACACACGAGGCAAGCUGAAAGGUUUGCUUGUCCGCGAUAAGAAUCGAACCCGCAACUUUGUUUGCUAGUCCAAUGCUCUUCCAACUGAGCUUGAGUGGAUGAUAUUUCAGAACUCAAUCUGGUUCUGUCUAGCAACAACACCAGAAACAAAAAUUCAAGAUCAGUGUGGACACCCUCAGAGACAACAUCACAAACACAUGUUCCAUUUCCUGUUCUAGCGAGGACAGUGCACUGCUCAUGUACCAUUUGGGAAUGAAUGUAGCAGGCGAGAAUGAAGACAGCCGCCAGAGUUUUCAAAGUGUCACAGACAGUGAAGUCUCAGAAUCUAAUACUAGAAAGAGCCCCUCGGAACCAUCACAAAUUGUUAUUAAUGAAUCGUCGGGCUCGUUUAGCAUAACAGCACCAUCAGGGAACCAUUCAAAUGAUAAGGUAUGUUGCUUCUGUCAAUUUUUAGACAUUGGAUUAGUUGCAAGUAGCUGUUGAAAAUUGGAAUCUUUGCCUUUGGUAAAUACUAAAUUACACAAUUAUUUUUGGCCAUUGUUUUAGGCUGACAAACCACCAACAAAAAGAGCUAAACAAGGUGUAUCAACCUCUUAA